AUGGGUCGCCGUCCCGCUCGCUGCUACCGCUACUGCAAGAACAAGCCGUACCCCAAGUCGAGGUACAACCGUGGUAUCCGUAUUUUCGAUCUUGGUCGCAAGCGUGCCUCGGUCGAUGACUUCCCCUUCUGCGCCCACUUGGUCUCGGAUGAGUACGAACAGCUAUCGUCCGAAGCUCUGGAAGCCGCCCGUAUUUGCGCCAACAAGUACGUGACGAAGACCUCCGGAAAGGAUUCGUUCCACUUGCGUGUGCGCGUACAUCCUUUCCAUGUUAUCCGCAUUAACAAGAUGUUGUCCUGUGCCGGGGCGGAUCGUCUCCAAACCGGUAUGCGUGGUGCGUGGGGCAAGCCAUACGGCACUGUCGCCCGUGUCAACAUCGGCCAGAUCAUCCUUUCCAUCCGUACCAAGGAAUCCAAUGCCGCUGUUGUAAUGGAGGCUCUCCGCCGUGCUCGCUACAAGUUCCCCGGUCGUCAAAAGAUCAUCAUCAGCCGCAAGUGGGGUUUCACCAACGUCAACAAGGAGGAGUACCUCAGGUUGAAGGAGGAGAAGCGUGUGCUCCAGGAUGGUGCCUACGUCCAGUACAUCCGCCCGAGGGGCAACUUGGAGACCAACCUCCGCAACCAGCUCCGCGCUUGA